AAAAUAUUUUUUUAUUUCCUACUAAAGAUGUAUCGGAAGUUGUCUAAGUUAGAACACUCGGAAAUAAAACAACUUCUUACAGAAGCUAACAUAGAUGUUGCAAAACAUUACGCGACAAACAAAAAAUCACUCGCUGACUUCAUUAAAGACUACAAUGGUGAAAUAACUUAUGAUAGAAUUCAUGAGUUCAUAAAGUCGCAACGCGGCGAGGACGAAGUCCAUGCAAGAACAUUUCCUUUAAAUGACGUUGCUAUUGACUUAUAUCAUAGACGUUCAGUACCACAUGAAGUAAGGCGUGAAAUGUAUGACAUAACAAAUGCAAACGUUGGUCAUACUCGUAAAGCUCUUUCUCAUGACGUUCGUCAAGAGAUGUUUGAACUUACGAACUCAAACGUUGGUGAAACAAGAAGAGCUGUACCACAUGAAGUAAGGCGUGAAAUGUUUGACAUAACAAAUGCAAACGUUGGUGAAACAAGAAGAAGAGACGACACACUGAAACAACAGAGAAGAGAGAUGUUUAAAAGUGCUAUAGAACAAGUUCGCAAAGCUAAUGAUGUCAUUCGUUCCAUUGACGACAAACCAAAAGAAGGUGAGAGAUGGUUAAAGAAAGAUGAAGAGAAUAGGAAGAGAAAUGUGAAGUCAGGCAAUAGACUCAUUGACUUUAACAUCGAAGCUUUAGAUGAACCAAACAGAGAAUAUUUACACAAACAUUUCGGUAAGGUUUUCAUGAGACUCUUAGAGAAAAUUAAAAUAAACUCACAACAGAGAUGGAUGGUAUGUUAUAAACUUGGUGGAAAGUAUGAAUGUUCUACGUUAAACCUCAAUAAUAUUGGAACAUUACUACAUCAGCUCUUGAAGGAGAACUUUAUAUCAGAGAUAGAAGCAAAUGCCGCAGGUAUUGUUGAAAUGCACUAUGACUUCUUCUUGACAAACAUAAAGAAUCUUACUGAAAUAAAGAUGUAUGAUUUAACAGAAUAUGAAGGCUUAACGAUGUCAGAUGUAAAGAAAGGCAAACCAAAAAAGAGACCAUAUAGAGAUGAAAGCACAC